AUGGAAGAGUCUUUACUGCAAGAUGUCUUUUUAAAAAAAUCCCAACGGAAGAGAUUGUUUUCGAUCAAUUAUAAACAAUACUUGUUUGUUUUAACAAAAACAAGCUUGACAUACUAUAAUUACAAACAUGGGAAACAAGGAAAACAGAAGGGAGUGAUUGAGCUUGAGGCAAUCAGAUGCGUUGAGACUGUAAGUUUGAAUAAUCCAACACCUGUGGACAGACAGUACCCAAUUCAGAUUUUAUAUAAUGCUGAGACUUUGUACAUCUAUGCGGAUGGGGAACAAAGCAGGACAAGGUGGCUGGCUGAGCUAAAACAUGCAAUCAAAAAUAAUCAGCAUCUGGCUCUGAAGUACCAUAGCGCAUUUUGGGCAGGUGACAAAUGGCUUUGCUGUUUAGAGAGAAGCCAAGCAGCCCCAGCCUGUACAAAUGUAACUGACAGAGGUGUAUUAAGAGAAGAUUCUAAUAGACGCAGAUCUUUACCACUCCCUCCUGUCCCCAGUGAAGAGAGUGAACACACCAGUCUUCCGAAACCAGUAACACCAUCUUCAAAAAUGGCGGAAGCUUUGUACCAGUAUGAUGCCAAAGAGCAAACUGAUAUCUCCUUAGAGAAGGGUGAAAAGUACUACAUCAUUAAUGAUAGCGAUCAGCACUGGUGGAAACUAAAAGAUAUGAAAGGGAGAGAAGGGUAUGCUCCCAGCAGUUACCUGACAGGGACCAACAAGGAGGCUGAACAAUGCAGCAAAACGAGCAACACCCAAUUCACCAAUCCACCCAAACAGUCUGAUAAAUUAGAAGACUAUGUCUGGUAUGCGGGACCAUUAGCACGAGCUAAAGCUGAGCAGCUUCUCAAACAAAUGGGAAAGGAGGGCGGUUACCUUUUACGAAACUCGAGCCAGGGUGGUGGCUAUGUGGUAUCAGUUUUCACAAAGGCCCUUGAAAGUAAAGGUGGAGCAACCCGACAUUACCACAUUCACCAAACAGCAGAAGGGAAGUACUAUCUGGCAGAAAAUCACCUGUUUGACACAAUCCCAGAAGUUAUUAAAUAUCACCAGCACAACUCAGCAGGGUUGAUCACAAGACUUCGACAAGCUGCUUCAACUGAAACUAAUAAGGUUCCAGGUUCCGUUGAUGUGGAAUGGGAACUGAAUCGUGGUGAAAUCAUCCUGGUAAAGGAGUUGGGAAGCGGGCAGUUUGGAGUGGUCCAACUGGGAAAGUGGAAACACAAGUACGAUGUGGCCAUUAAGAUGAUAAAGGAAGGCUCAAUGUCGACAGAUGAGUUCCUGGAGGAAGCAGAAACUAUGAUGAAACUGAAGCAUCCAAAGUUAGUCCAACUGCAUGGCGUCUGCACCAUUCAAUACCCCAUCCUCAUAGUUACCGAGUACAUGAGCAAUGGUUGCUUGCUGAGCUACCUCAAGGAUCAUGGCAAGGAAUUAAACCAGUUCCAGCUCCUGGAAAUGUGCUACGAUGUGACUGAAGCCAUGGCAUACUUGGAAGAUCUACAGUUCAUACACAGAGACCUAGCUGCUAGAAACUGUUUGGUUGAUAAUACACUGAUAGUCAAAGUGUGUGACUUUGGAAUGGCCAGGUAUGUUCUCGAUGAUCAAUACAUUAGCUCAACAGGAACCAAAUUCCCGGUGAAGUGGUCAUCUCCAGAGAUUUUCUUCUACUCGAAAUUCAGCAGUAAAUCAGAUGUGUGGGCCUUCGGAGUGCUGAUGUGGGAAGUCUUUACUUUGGGAAAAAUGCCGUACGAAAGGUUUAACAACGGUGACCUUAUUUGGAAGAUCCUGUCAGGAUACAGACUCUACAAGCCACGGUUGGCAUCUGAGGAAAUCUUUCACAUUAUGUCAAGCUGCUGGCAUGAGCAACCAGAGGAACGGCCCACUUUUAAGCAGCUGUUAUUUAACAUCCAGCCUCUCCGUGAAGAUGACAGACAAUGAACGGGUACUUGUAUGCUUUGGACCUUUCCCUUUUCUCAUGGCUUCCUGUAAUAUUUCCUUGUUAAGCAUUUUCAGAAAGAACAUGUGGAUGUUGCAUCAUAAGUAGUUUCAUUCCUCUCUUGUUCCGGAUCCAAAAAUAAGUUAUGGAGAAAAUGGCCACUCAACUGCUUCUGAUGGCUGGGCAGAACUUGAGCAUGCACAUCUGUUCCAUUACUAUAGCACCAAAUAA